UAUUACGCACAACAGUAUAAAACCUGGUACUGGUCUCAGUGCCAGGCUUACGAGUGGGAUAGCUGAAAGGACUACAGAACUCCUGGUGCAGCACAGAAACUCUCCUUCUGCAAGACUUUUGCUGGACUCCUGAGAAAUUAUUUUGAAUAACAUGGCAGAGAAGGAUUUCAUCAGUUGGCAUCUGCUGGCUUUAUUUUUUCUUCCAUUUUGCCUGUGUCAAGAUGAAUACAUGGAGGUGAGCAGAAGAUCUUAUAAACCAGUGGCCAAAGUAUUGCAAAGUCACCACCAGACUGGCCACAAAGGUUCCAGAAGCAGGGAAAUUUUGAAACAGCGGAGUCAACUUAUAGAGUGGACUGUUGCUAAUAGCUCUUCUACAGACCAAAAUGUUCUGAGACCAGAGGUAGAUGAUGUAGAACUGACUACCUCAGAUAGAGUCCAGCCCCCCCAGACUGGACCGCAGAAUCCAGACUGUAGCUCCUGCUGCCGUGGUGACUUUGGAGUUCGACUCUACCAAGGGCCUCCAGGACCUCCUGGACCCCCUGGGAUGCCAGGAAAUCAUGGAAACAAUGGCAAUAAUGGAGCAACUGGCCAGGAAGGAGCCAAAGGUGAGAAAGGAGACAAAGGAGAUAUGGGACCAAGGGGAGAGCGUGGCCAUCACGGACCCAAAGGCGAGAAGGGUUACCCUGGGAUCCCUCCAGAGCUACAGGUUGCAUUCAUGGCUUCCAUGGCUACUCACUUCAGCAACCAGAACAGUGGGAUCAUCUUCAGUAGUGUUGAAACUAAUGUUGGGAAUUUCUUUGACGUAAUGACUGGGAGAUUUGGUGCUCCAGUGAAUGGGGUGUAUUUCUUCACCUUCAAUAUGAUGAAACAUGAAGAUGUGGAGGAAGUGUAUGUGUACCUGAUGCAUAAUGGCAACACAGUAUUCAGCUUAUAUAGCUAUGAAUCAAAAGGGAAGGCGGACACCUCAGGAAACAGCGCUGUGCUGAAGCUUGCCAAGGGAGAUGAAGUUUGGCUGCGAAUGGGAAAUGGAGCCCUCCAUGGGGACCACCAACGUUUCUCUACCUUUGCUGGGUUUCUUCUUUUUGAAACCAAGUAAAGAAGAAAACAGCCAAACAUCUGUUUAUGUGAAGAAGCUUCUUCUUGGAACUGCAUUUUUUUUCUGGACUGUGGAAAUGUAUAGGUCAGGAGGCUUGUUUUGAUGCAGUGCAUUGCUAUUUCUGUAUCAGAGAUGAGCUAGAUACAUUGGGUAGUUGACACAAUUGUUAUUGCUCUCUUCUUCAAAGAGAAAAACAACGGCAAAAUAGUUUCAAUAAUUUAGAGAGCAGUUUGCUCAGUAAAGCCAAUUUUGUCUUGUUUGUAUAUACUUAACAAAAGUAUAUACCAGGAAUUGAGCAAUUGAUUUUUUUUUAAUUUUUUUUUA